CAACGAGGCAGCGUUUGCUUUUCUUUUUCUUUUCGAGGCGGUAAAAAUGUGGAGGAGUGGUUACUUUCUCAAUGAUUCAAAUCAGGGCCAGCUUUUGAUUUCUGCUCUUUGUUCUCACUUUCCCAAUGUUUUCGUGCAGUGCGGCGGGGCAGUGUCGAUGCUGGCUGAUGCCUGGAGUUUUGAGCGAACGAUGAGUGGAAGUGGCAGGUGCAGUGGAUGAUAACUUCCCUAAAGGAUCCAUCAACGCGCAGCAGCAGGCACCACCUGGCUCAUUCCAUUCGCACCUUGACCUGGUUUCUUCACUUUCUGAUUCUCCAUCAACACUCUCUCCUCCAACAAUCCAUCAACGAAAAAUAUCCUGUCUCACAUCAAGUGCGCACACCCCAUCCACCACCAUCUUGUGCCCCUGUUGUCUCUCCCACACCACGCCCGCAUCUCUGCGGAAUCCUUCUGCCUUACAUCAAGCCAUGUCAUCGCAAUGGCCUUUCGAGGAGAUUGACAGUGCGGAUGAGUUUGAAAUCCCACCCUCUCCUUCAUCGCCCCUGCCGCGUCAACUAGUUUCUGCAUUGCAUCAAGACCUCAAGAACGACGACUCGGCUGGUGAGAUCUCAUCGAUUACGAACACGGCUACUUCGGGACAU